UUUCUUUUCCAUGUUUUCUUUUCACAUGUUUUGCGUGUAUCAUAUUGCCCCAGAAUAUGUUAAUAGAAAAGAAACCAAGGAUUUCACAUAUGUAGUGACAGAAAGACUGAACUCCAUGGAUUUGAUACUUUUGUUGUUUGCUAUACGCAAAUGUAUAUGUAAGUGUUUCAUUUAUUCAUUAUCAUGUUGUGAUAUGUUGUGAAACUCGAGAAAUCCCUCUCUAGUGCUUCAACAUUGGAGACUGGCAUAUUGAAGACUUCUACAAGUUUGUUUAGAGACUAGUCUUAGACACUAGUUCAAGUCACACAUUAAAUCUGCAGGUAUUCUGUAUGAAUGUAUACCGACUCUUGGUAAUUACAUCAAUGGGUAUAUAGCGUCUACACAGCCACAUUUUAAAGCACAUAUACAGACACUCAGACAAAUAGUAAGUGCACAUAUACCCUGUCGCCCAACACUAUAUAUGACUCACAACCUAGUUGAUUUGAGCAACAUGUAACCUGUAGUGAAUAUCCAGGUGUUCUGAAUGCCAUGUCUACACAGAUUACAAUCGACAAAGCUACACUGUCACCCAACUCCACAACCUGCUAAAUGUAUGUGUGACAUACGACCUACUUCUCUGAAUACCCGUCUGAAUGACACACAUCAAGCUGUACAUAUCCAGUUAGCAUAUCAACACAACCGGAAGUAUAAUUACAUACACUGUUCACCAGUGCUAGUAUCUAGUUUCACACACCACCAACAUGUCUGUACUGUACCUCCGUCUUAUCUUCACAGUUGGGACUCUACUGGUGGACAUUCCUCACAAACAACGGGUUUCUGCCCAGAGCUAUCAGCUGACGUCAUCAUGUGGAGGUUCUGUACAGGCAGGAGGGAGCUGUACCCUGAUGUGUUACACAGGAGACGCUUCACAUACAACUAUACAGUGGCAGAAUGGAACUUUAUUAUACAGCGUAAACCAGGGUAGCUGCAGCUCCACCUCCCCCUACCUCCCAGCUGACUACACCACCUCCUGCCCCAGCUCCACCAACUACACCCUCACCAUCAACAACGUCGUGUACGGCAGGGAUAGACUCGGCUGGAGGUGUGACUAUCAGUUUGGAGGCAGAGAGAGUAAUCAGAUACAGAUGGAUGUACUAGUUCCUCUGAACAGUGUUAGCCUUACUAGAACUACUACAUCUGUCACCUGCGCCGCUGUCUCCAAUCCACCGCCGUCAGUGACGCUGUACAGAGACGGAACCAGAGUGGCCACCAGCCCAGCAGCAGUAGAGGGAUACACUGGCUUGACAGCCACCAUCAACUACCAGCUGACAGACAACAGUAGGAACUCCCUGUACUACUGUCAGGCAUCAAAUACAGAGACGAGAGUGAACUCAUCAUAUUCCUUUCCUGACAUUGCUGUCAACAGUGUGUCACUAACAAACAUCACGUCAGCCAAUCAGGAAGUGGGAGCUGCUGAAGGUCAACCCUUGACCUUGACCUGUGUGGCAUCUGACAGUUACCCUGCUGCCACAAUCACGUGGUUCAAGAACAGUGUCCUGGUGGCAAGUGGGAUAUCCAUUGAUCAUAGACCACAAUCAGGCGUUGUCCAGACCACAAGUACAAUGACCUUCACUCCUGUCAGAGGUGACCUUGGUCAUACAGUCUACUGUCGCGCCACCAACAUCCACAACCCCUCCCCAGUGCAGUCUGACAGCGCCCGGAUAGGAGUGUGGUUCGGUCCAGAACAGGUUGAUGUGACAAAACCAGACAACUCUGUAGCUGUAGAGAACAGAAACCUGACAUUGACCUGUACUGCCUCCGCUUAUCCCAACGUGUCCUUCACCUGGGACUACAGUGAUGGAACACCUGUAGAUGGCAGCAGGGGGUCAGUGACAGGAUCUUCUACCUGGUGGUACCAGACUCUCACCUUCAUGCAAAAAAAAGACAAGACAACCGUGAGAUGUCAGGUCAGAAACACAAGGACUUUGACAACUAAGACUGGUUCUGUGUCACUGGAUGUCAAAUACCCCCCGCCUGUCCCUCCUUCCAUCACACAGUUUCCGGAUGUGAUGUUUGAAGGAGACCCACAGACAAUCAGCUGCUCGGUGACAGGAGGAAAUCCUCUAGCUACAAUCACGUGGUCCUGUCCUGGCACUGGAUCUGCAUUGGUCAGUGACAGUGGUCAAACCAGGACAUCUACUCUCUCCUUUACUGUCAGCAGGAGUCAACAUGGUCAACAGUGUCAGUGUCUGGGGACGUGGCAGUAUGGAGGAUACAACUACACUGAUGUCAGGACAUUCAACGUCAGCUGUCCCACUAGCACGGAACCACUUAAAGACCACUAUAACGUGACAGGUGUAAUAGCUGGAACCGCAAUAGGAACCCUAUUUCUUACCUUGCUGAUUGAAGGACUAGUUCUAACGGUACUCUACAGAAAGGGGCUCAGGUGUGGAAACGUCAUGAAAGGAUCUGCUUCAGCAAAAAGCACCAGAAAUCCGAAAAUUGAAGAAAUGGAAAACACAGGAUAUUCAUCCCUUGAUCACAUCAACAGUCCAGCUCAGUCCCCAACCACGGAUACAGAGGGUUCGGAAAGACAACAUUACACACAGCUGAAGGUGUAUGAGAAUACAAACGUUGAGGCCAAAGCAGAGGCAAGUACCUACGAAGACAUGACAGAGACGCCUCCUACACCAUACGAGUCCGUCAGCGCAUCUCCUUACCAGAACAGCGGCUCUCAACCUUGAGAUCCUCACUUUGGGAAUGCGGUGAAAAAACCAGCUGGCACAUGGAUGAAUAUGACUGCUUAAACUACCUUUUGUCCACAGUGAAGGACACCUUAUAAUGUGUUUUGAUCUAUAACAGAUGAGUUCACGGGAGGACAUGUAACAAUGAAGGAUUGACGUCCAAUCCAAAUGCGAGCGAUCUUAACUUAUAUUAAUCCAAUACAUUGCAGAUUUAAAACACAAAACAUAGCAAUAUCUUAUGUCACAUGACAUUGGAAUCUGACUGGUUGACACUAACUUUCUUGCACAACCUUGUGUUCAUAUUGAGGGAAUACCUUAUAAUGUUUAUUACGUGUGUUAAAUAUGAGUUCAUGUG